GUGCCCGGCGAGGAUGCGCGCUCUAUAUCACGGCGCUCGCCCGCUGCCGCGGAACGCACGCCUGCCUUGUGUAACCUCCUCGAUCUACGUCUUCAGAUCGUUGUUCAGACCGAGACUGCUUGAUCAAGAAGAAGUUGCACGAGCAUGGCGACUAGUAUGGAGAUAACGCAUAGGAAGGGGAGCGUGAGCGCGAGGAAGGGGAGUGUGGAUGGCGCGGCGGAGGCGCAGCUCGCGAAGAUGGGGUAUCAGUCUGAACUGCCGAGGAAUCUGAGCAUGCUGAGUGUGCUGGGGCUAUCCUUCGCCAUUAUGGCUGUUCCCUUCGGUCUCUCGACAACACUGUAUAUCACUCUCACGGACGGCCAAUCUGUUACGAUUCUAUGGGGAUGGGUCCUUGUGUCUAUCAUUUCACUCUCGAUCGCCGCCUCUCUGGCCGAAAUCUGCGCUGUCUAUCCUACUGCUGGCGGCGUCUACUACUGGUCCGCGAUGCUUUCUACGCGUAAAUAUGCGCCUGUUGCUUCCUGGGUAACUGGAUGGCUCACCCUCGUCGGAAACUGGACUGUCACACUCUCCAUCAACUUCUCUGGCGGUCAGCUCAUUCUUAGUGCAAUCAGUCUGUGGGACGAAACCUUUGUACCGAAUCAAUGGCAGACGAUCCUGAUGUUUUGGGCCGUCAUGCUGGUGUGUAUGCUAACGAACAUUUUCGGCGCGAAAUACUUGGAUCUGAUCAACAAGAUCUGUAUCUACUGGACGGGGGCGAGCGUGAUUAUCAUUUUGAUCACGCUGCUGACGAUGGCGGAUACUAAGAGGAGUGGAGAUUUUGUGUUUGCACACUAUGAUGCCUCGGCAUCUGGGUGGCCCUCUGGAUGGGCGUUUUUCGUUGGACUGCUUCAAGCGGCUUACACGUUGACCGGCUACGGCAUGGUAGCAUCCAUGUGCGAAGAGGUGCAGAAUCCUGAACGCGAGGUUCCCAAAGCCAUCGUGCUGUCCGUCGCCGCGGCAGGCGUCACAGGUGUCAUCUACCUGAUCCCAAUCCUCUUCGUCCUCCCAGACGUCCAGGUACUCCUGGAUGUCGCCAACGGGCAACCGAUCGGUCUCCUCUUCAAGACCGUCACCGGCUCCGCAGCCGGCGGCUUCGGCCUGCUCUUCCUCAUCCUCGGAAUCCUCUUCUUCGCCGGCACCGGCGCCCUGACCGCCGCAUCUCGCUGCACGUACGCCUUCGCGCGCGACGGCGCCAUCCCCGGCUCGCGCCUCUGGAAGCGCGUAGACAAGCGCUUCGACAUUCCCCUGUGGGCCCUCGUCCUCUCCACCGUUGUCGACUGCCUCCUCGGCCUCAUCUACUUUGGCUCUUCCGCUGCUUUCAACUCCUUCACCGGCGUUGCGACGAUCUGCCUCUCUACCUCUUACGGUAUGCCGAUCCUCAUCUCCGUGCUGCGCAAGCGCCGCGCGGUCAAGCACUCUAGCUUCAGUCUCGGACGCUUCGGGUACUUUAUCAAUAUUGCGACCCUGUGCUGGAUUUGCCUCGCUGUUGUGCUGUUCUGCAUGCCCGUCAGUCUGCCUGUCGAAGCUGCGUCGAUGAACUAUGCGAGUGUUGUGUUUGCGGGUUUCGCGGCUAUUAGUGUCAUUUGGUAUUUCAUCAGGGGAAGGAAGGACUUCAGUGGGCCGCCAGUGCCGGUGGAUGUGGCACCGGGCGAGGAAGUGCCGGUCGUGGGUGUAGAAAGAGCCGAUUUGGAAGGGGCGAGCCCGGUGGUCGGGAAAGAGACCGAGAAAUUGUAGAUUCUGGAGCAUUGCUGUACUAUAUGUAUACAGGAGGCUGAGAAAUGUAUAUAGAGCUGGU